AGCGAAUAUAAUGUGGCCCACACAGCAGAAUCAUUAUUAUGGCGCUCUCGCUACGCUUUGCCGAGGAAGGCGAGUUCAGGUGCGCCUCCGCCUUUCUCCUCGCUCCUUAGCGCAUCAUUCGCGACGCUCAUCCUCUACUCGUCCUCCCAGCUCUCGUGUAUGCGAUAUUUCGUCCUUUGACGCCCCUGACGUCGCUCCCAGCAAGGCCUUCUUUCGCUGGAGUCGCCCUGUGCGUCAAGUUUUGGGACCCAAAGCGCACGAACCAGUCAAGAUUAAGACGCUCAUUGUCGCUCUACCUGGAGCAGCCCAGCAGUUCGUGCAGCAGUUGACAGCCUCGUGGAGCCCUGUUGGAUCUUUGGUGACCAGCGACCAAGCCAUUCAUCCGUGCAAAUUGCAGAAUGACACGAACUCCACUGGUGUGAUCCUGUCGAAGACGGGAGUGAAGGUCUCGGAGGAGAACAACACGUUGGCAUUGCUAGUGGGACAAGAAGUUCUUGUGGCAGGGGCGUGGAUCUGGCUAAAAACUCUGAUGCAGCACGUGGAUGCAGAGGACAUUAUUUGUCUGGACUCGCAGCUGUCCACAAUUUACGCUACGGACGAAGAGAUCGGAGCCAAGUUGAGGAUGUUGGCGUCGUCCAGUGUGACGGACGAGAUGAAGAUGACGACACCCGUGCGAGCUCUAGAAGUGCCACAGUUUGUUACCGGUAUACCGGCUGCACUGCUCACCCAUGGCGAACUACAUAAGCGCCAUGUCCGCGUAUUCGUGAGUGUCCGCGACGUGUCCACUACUCCAAUUGACGUAGUCCGUAGCUUUCUGCCGCUAGCUGCGACUUCGUCGUCGGUGCUGGGAGCACUAGAACGUCCGAUGUUCUUCAAGCCCAGCGGUGAAUCACAAAGUGCUGGCUCGCUCAACGUGCUCUACACUUAGGUCACUGCGUAACUACCUGGCGAUUAACCGCCUAACCGAAAUAGAUGGUUAUUUCGAGCGCAUUUAUCAAUUAUUUUUAGUUAAGAAUUGACUGUUCGGUAUAUAUCUUAACCUUGACCGUGGCAUCUGUUGUGGGC